CAGACAUGGCCGUUUAAACUGCCUGGUCAUCGUGACGUCUUUAUGUGGCGACGCGCUGUGUGUGCCGAACGCAGUAAUUCGCUGGUGGUGAACAUGGCGCUGGCUAGUGUUGUACGCUCGGAAGGAGCUCUGUGGAGUCGGUACCGGGAUAAUCCGGCACACUGCAGCCUGGACUCCGAGGGGCUGAGCUUCCAAGUAGUACCUGGGGUCGGACAUGGGACAGCAGAACCCGGGAUCGAGUUUCUGCAUGGGACAACUACGCUGGCCUUCAAGUUCCGUCAUGGAGUAAUUGUGGCUGUCGAUUCCCGUGCCACAGCUGGCUCUUACAUCGCCUCACAGACUGUGAAGAAAGUUAUUGAGAUCAACCCUUACCUGUUGGGCACAAUGGCUGGAGGUGCUGCCGAUUGCAGUUUCUGGGAAAGACUCCUUGCCCGGCAGUGUCGCAUCUAUGAACUCAGGAACAAGGAGCGUAUAUCUGUGGCAGCAGCGUCCAAACUCUUAGCAAAUAUGGUCUAUCAGUACAAAGGCAUGGGGCUGUCUAUGGGAACCAUGAUCUGUGGAUGGGACAAGAGGGGACCAGGUUUGUACUAUGUGGACAGUGAAGGGAACCGUGUUUCCGGGUCUGUAUUCUCGGUGGGUUCCGGUUCUAUGUAUGCUUAUGGAACCUUGGACAGAGGAUACAGUUAUGACCUGGAACCAGAAGAAGCCCAAGAACUGGCACGGCGCUCCAUUUACCAGGCCACAUACCGUGAUGCUUACUCUGGUGGAGUGGUGAAUCUGUACCAUGUGCGUGAAAAUGGAUGGGAGCGCGUGUCACAAGAUGAUGUUGCAGUAUUGCAUGAAAAAUAUAAGGGACUGGUUGACUGAUGUUCUGUAGUGCGGGAAGUGGGAAUUCUUACACAGCUGUAUAACCUCCUUUUAUUACAAGAUCAAGUGGGUUUCAGUGAGCGAUAUCAACAGGUAUAGAAUAAUUAAGGAUGUGAUGAGGGAAAGUGGUUGAUGCUCCUCAACAUAUUCAAGACAGAAUGUUGUUUGUAUUGAAUGUAAAUGUUGGCAGGUGGAGCUAUGUUUCUUGAAAUAUGAAAUAUCUUAUGCAUAACAUCCUAAUAAACAUCUUCCCUCCAAGUGA